AUGAAAUCCCUAAUUCUCAAUUUUCCUUUUUUAAAUUCUUCAUUUUUCUCGAUUUGAAGUUUGAACUCUCUCUUUCUCUCUCUCUCUCGAUCGCUCUGGUUCUGGUUCAGGUUCAGGUUCAGGUUCUUCACGAUCCAUCAGCUAUGGCACCAAAGGAUCCGAAACAAAGCGGGGGUUUCUUCGCCUCGAUCGCUUCCGGUCUGUCCAACUUCGGUAGCGCAAUGUCCAAAUCAGUCACUGGUUUAAUGGGUUAUGAAGGGCUUGAAGUGAUUAACCCAGAAGGUGGGACCGAGGAUGUUGAAGAGGAAGCAACGAAAGGGAGAUGGAAACAGGAGGAUCGAGAUAGUUACUGGAAGAUGAUGCAGAAGUAUAUAGGAUCUGAUGUCACAUCAAUGGUAACCCUCCCAGUGCUUAUUUUUGAGCCCAUGUCUAUGCUGCAGAAAAUGUCAGAGCUGAUGGAGUAUGCCCAUCUCUUAGAACUAGCAGAUAAAAGUGAGGAUCCUUAUAUGAGAAUGAUGUAUUCUGCCUCGUGGUUUAUAUCUGUUUAUACUGCCUUUAAUCGAACAUGGAAGCCAUUUAAUCCAAUCCUUGGUGAGACUUACGAGCUGGCUAAUUAUCACGGCAUCACAUUCAUUUCAGAACAGGUUAGUCAUCACCCCCCAAUUGGCGCUGCACAUGCCGAAAAUGAGCAUUUCGCUUAUGACAUAACUUCAAAGGUGAAAACCAAGUUUCUCGGGAAUUCAAUUGAUAUCUAUCCAGUUGGAAGAACACGUCUAGUCUUAAAAAGGGAUGGUGUAGUCCUAGAAUUGGUACCUCCUCCUUCAAAAGUCAACAACUUAAUUUUUGGGCGUACUUGGAUUGAUGCACCAGGGGAGAUGGUUCUGACAAAUUUGACUACUGGAGACAAAGUUGUACUAUAUUUUCAGCCAUGUGGAUGGUUUGGUGCUGGUCGCUAUGAAGUUGAUGGCUAUGUUUAUAAUUCUAGUGAGGAACCAAAAAUAUUGAUGACUGGGAAAUGGAACGAGUCAAUGAGUUAUCAGCCAUGUGAUUCGGAAGGGGAGCCACUUCCUGGCACUGAAUUGAAAGAGGCUUGGAGAGUUAUCAAAGGUCCAGAAAAUGACAAAUAUCAGUACACACAUUUUGCACACAAAGUAAAUAGCUUUGACACUGCUCCAAAGAAGUUAUUGGCAUCAGACUCACGCUUGCGUCCUGAUAGAUAUGCGCUAGAGAAGGGUGAUUUAUCAAAAGCCGGAUUUGAAAAGAGCAGCCUUGAGGAGAGGCAGAGGGCUGAGAAGAAGAACCGGGAGGCUAGCGGUCAUCAGUUCACUCCAAGAUGGUUUGACCAAACUGAUGAAAUCUGUCCUACGCCGUGGGGAGACUUGGAAGUAUACGCCUACAACGGCAAGUAUACUGAACAUCGCGCCGCGGUAGACAGUUCAAACAGCGAUGAAGUGACUGAUGUCAAAUUGACUGAGUUUAAUCCCUGGCAAUAUGAAAAUUUGGCAUCUGCAUGAAGCUUUCUCCCUAUCUUAAAUUAAAGGAACGUCUUCAUUUGUAAUAUAAUUGUUUAUUUGUUAUUAUUGAUUUGGCUGUAAUGUAAGGCGAUAUCAUGAUUCAUGAUGCAGUAGUUUUUUAUUUUAUUUUUCUCUUUCUUUUUGAGAUUUGAUAAACAGUUUUGUUUUGUUUGUUCAGAUUUAACUCUCAUUUUUAGCUUCAAUAUUACCUGAAUUUUAUUUUAUCAA